AUGGUCAAGCUCGGGAAGCUGCUCAGGAAGGCCAUGGUCAUCUCGGUGGAGGACCAGAUAUCAUACUGCAACAAGACCAUCCAAGUCGGACCUCACGUGCUGAUCGUGACCACCGCUACCGUUGACACUACUGUGCCGAGAUUGCGCAACAAGCAGCUGGAGUGGACGGUCGCUCACGGGGGACACACCAUCUGGCCGUGCACCGCCUCCCUCUGCUCCUAUCUCGCCGCUUCUAGGGUUGCAGAACGACGACGAGUGCUGGAGUUGGGCUCGGGCAUGGGAGUCGCGGGACUGAUCGCGCACAAGACCGGUGCGGCGGCGGUAGUCAUGACCGAUGGGGACAGCUCGGUCAUCAAGUAUCUCAGGGAGAACAUCUCUACGAACGUUUCGAGCGCGGGAGAAGGCAAGGAGGACGAGGCUAAGAUGGAGUACAAGGAGUGCGACGAGGGUAGGCCGGCGCACGCGAGGGAGCUGCGAUGGGGCAACGCGGAGGAGGCGCACGACCUGAUGGAGGUGCUGGAGAUGGGGCACUUCGACAUGGUCAUGGGCUCGGACUUGAUUUACCCGGAGAAGCCGAAGAAAUCUGAGUGGAUGCCGCGAAUGGACGUGAAGGUAAGGGAUCUCAUGGUCACCGCGGCCGCCGCUCUUCGGGAGGGAGGAACGCUCCUGCUGGCCCACGAAAACCGAGGAAAUCUGCAAGAGGUUCUGGCACUCAUGGAGAAGCACGCCAUCGCCAACGGGUUUGGAAAUCCCUCGGCGGUCAGGGUGGAGUCCAACCCAGAGAGGAUAAUCCUUUCCCUGGUGUUCGGCGGAAAGACGGCGGGGACGCACGCCGCCGAGAAGAGCGAGUUUGCCGACGACGCCGCCCAGGGAUGGGUCGAACUCGUCACGUGCUUGCAAGCCACGGGCUUCGGGAGCUAAGAAAUGUGGCACCUGUGCACGUCCGGGUUUUGAUAGCCGAUGGUUUUACAGUUUACCCUUGCGUCCGCUGGGCGGGGGGGUUGUCGGCGGGGUUGAUUUUUUUACUCGUGUGUGGUUGUUCUUUUUUGUUGAUAAGGGGGCCAGAUAAGUGGGGGCGCCUGGACAGUUGAGCACACCUUGGUCUGUGACCGAUGGCAGAUGUGUUCCCGUGUAACAUCGGCGUCCGAUGUAUUGAUGUUUAGAAGCACAUUUGUAGCGUUUUUUUCGCCUUUUUUGUAUGUUGCCGGCUUGUUGGGAUCCGGGCGUUAAGUAAUCGCCUGGAAGAACACCGUGUAUUUUCCGCCUCGCACACCCCAACGGUUGGCUGUAGCAAACCAAUCCUCUACGUUGUUCUAAUUUUCCUAUUUUUAUCCGGAGUAUGCAAAUCCCAGCUGUUUUUUGAGUGAUUUGUCGGGAGGAGGAUCACACAAACUGUAUGUAGUUGUUUUGUGUGACCGGGUCAUCUCGUGAUCGGAUUUCCAGCCGUGAUGGCAUUCCCAGCUGGUACUGGCUAGGAUUACUUUGUACCAAGUGUACAGAACGUAGGUGCGGGUUUGAGAGUCAGACGGGGAGUGCGAUUCGUUGCACAUGUAAGCUGAAGGCGGACGCUAGCCGGCGUUAACUCUCUCCGCUAGUACACUAGUCGUAUCUUGUGUUUGGUCCGUAAAUAACUAAAUGCGCGCGAGGGGACAACGGGUUUAGACCUAACGGGAAAGCUGGGACUACAAGAUUGAAAAUUGUAGAACGUUUUGAGGUUUUGCACCACCCCGGAAUCUUAACGACCCUGUGGCAUCAUUCUAUCUUGAGCAAGGCUAAAAAAACCAAGGGUUUACUCGGUAACGGUUUUAUAGGCGGACACGUUUUCGGCGGGAAUGCCAUUUGGCGGUAGGCAGUAAUGCGUUUGUUGGCGGUAACGGCUUUGGCGGAGGCGGGAAAACAAAAACUUGGAGGUAAUUUAGCGACGGUAUUGCCACAUGGCGGUAAAUGUUUCGGUGGCAGGCGGUAACGCGUUUUUUGGCGGUACAGACUUGCGCAGGCGGUAAAAACAAAAAUUACAGCGGU